AUUUUUCUCCUACAAACCUCUGAGUAAGAUGGAAUACUUUCCUGUCAGUGUUGUGAAUUGUCAAAAAACCUUUCACCUGACAAGAUCAAAUGAUACCUUUAGGUCAAGAAUAUAAGCGAAGCCAGACAACAGCAAAAAGUUGUUUUAUAAAACGACAAAGAAUAAAAGUCUGGGCCACACUCAGACCAUAAAUAUUAUAAAUUCUGGAGAAUGCCAUUUCUGAAGGGUGGACGUGCUGCGGUGACAAGGACUAAAAAGUACUUAGAAGCUGGACGAAUACUUCUGAAUGAUGGUGUCAAGAUUAUUGUCAUCAAUCAUGUCCCCGGAGCAGAAAUAUCACAUGGAUGUGAUGAGUUCAUUAAGUGGCAUUUACCUCCUUUACAAUUCAGAAAUCCAAACGUUCAGAUAAUUACUUUCAAAAACAUGUGUCCGACUCCAUUUAUUAAAAUUUAUCUUGAAAAAAACGAAGAACAAGUGGUGAAUUGUGCCUUUCGAAAGAAUUCCGAUAUCUAUGAUCACCUAAUUACACUUCUUGGGAAGACUGCUUCAUCUGAGAGUUCCUUAGUGAAUGAUUUGACUACGAAAAACCCAUCAAGUUUUGGCACAGAGUUCCCGCGCCAAUGUAUAUGCGAAUUAUACGGUCAAAUGCCUUGCUCGUCUAAUAUUGGGAAACCGAAGCUAUGGCCAAAGUUGGAAUAUACAUUGCCUCCGGUGGAUACAGAAUGGUUUAAAAACGCGACGGAUACUAGUGUUACAAAUGAUGGAUAGUCGCUCAGUGUGCGUACAUCUGCAACACGUCAUUACUCUGUUUCAUCUUGUGCCGUUCUUCCUCUUUCUAAAGUAUAACAUUUAGUACAAUUUCUCAGAACAUUGGAUUUCUUACAAGUCCACGCUAUUAAAAAUAUCUUGUAAGACUAUGCAACUAUUAUCGUUUUAGGCAUCUUAGCUAUGUAGUUACAAGGACCCAAGCCUAUUUAAAUAGAUCCAAAAAACUAAUUCCGACAGAAUAAUAAGUCUUUCAACAAUAAAUUAGUUUGACUUCAGUCCUAUGAAUUCGCUAUAUUUGAACAACGUGGCUUCUAAAUCUUUUAGUUCUCAUUUUUUUAUUCGUAAGAUUCGCCUAUGUAUUCUGACACAAUUACCGUUGUUUGACUUACUAUCAAUAAGUAUUUUGUCGAUCUUCCUAUC